AUGGAGGAAGGCGACGGCUGCUGCGGCUGGUGUAGCUGCGAAGAGUCCCUUUUCUCGUUGGAACUGCUGGUGGAGUCGGCGCGCGUGGAGCCGCGGCUGCUCCCGGCGCCUCUGCCCGCUAACGGCCCCUUCCGCCCCGCGGUAGCUCUGCGGCUGUUGGACUUCCCGACUCUGCUGGUGCGUGCGCCGCAUGCCUCGUCGGGGCCUCUGGUGCCCUUCGGGCGAGGCAAGUCCUGCCUUUUCAAGCUGCGGCCGGACACUCUGAAGGGCCUCCUGAGGCGCUCCCCACUCUACGCGCUGCUCCUGGCGCUCCCCCAACGCCGGGACCCGCCCGCCUGCUCGGCUCUUCCAGCAUAUCCCUGGCCGCGGCCGCCGAAGCUGCUGCUGGGCACAGGCCCAGGGGGCCGGAGGGGCCGGUUCCCUCUGCGGGACCUGAUGGGGGAACCUGUGGGGGAACUGGAGCUCAGCUAUCGCCUCGGCAACCUAGGCUCCACCCUCCAGGGGCACUUAGGGCAGGGAGCAGCCCCCGAUGAGCCCCAUGCUGAGGAGGAGCAGCAGUCCCAGCAGCUACCCCACAGGCUGGGCAACCAGAGCUUUAGAGGAAUCUCUCUCGAGCUCAUCCCAGAAGCAGAGGAAGAGCAGGACCCUGCCCCAGAAGGUGGCAGCCUGGGGUCCUCAAGUGACACCCAUACAGAGUUUCUGAAUGACAACUCUGGCCUUGGGGAGAUAGCUAAAGAGCUAGAGAUGGAGACCAACAUCUUUUGUCCCCCACCAAUGUACUACAGCUGUCCAUCUGGAAAUCCCCAGCCCACACCUAAAUCCACAGCAUCUGUGAUAGUGGCGCCAGCUCAGCAACCAUUGCCAGUGGAAGAAACGGUACUUCCUUCUGUGGUGCCUCCUGUUCAGGGGGAGCCUCCAAGAAGUAUCCAAGAGACUACCCAGAAUUCCCAAACUUUUGGCAGCCCUGAGCAGCUCAGACAAACCUUGAAUCAACUGCCCUUGCUGAAUGCUUUGUUAAUGGAGCUUUCCCUGCUGAACAACCACCAGGUCUUGCAACCCCAGCCUUCAACUGUGCACCCUCAAUUAGCAUGGCUAUACCAAAAUGUAGAAGGUACAAAAGCACCAUCCUUCAGUACCAAGAUUAUAUGUCCCUGCCAGGAAGAUAAGAAAACCAUUCAUCACAAAGAGAGAGGAAGGUCACCCAGCCCCAAAUUAAAAAAAAAAAGCCCAGAACAUUUAAAAUGCUUUGCUCCCUCCACACGAGUUGCUUCUCCUGCUAAAGGAUUUACAAGAAUAGCAUUCUCUGAAAGGAAUGUGAGUCCUGAGAAAAAUAACACCAAGGAAAAUUCACCCCCUAGAAGAAGACUUACAUAUGGACUGACAAAUACUCUAAGGCUUCGUCUGCAGCGAUCCAAUCCAGCUAUGUUGAAAGUUCAUGAAAAAAGGGAGCUUCGUAGAAAAAAAGGAGAAAUAGCAGUUGAAAAGAAAGGCAAAAGCUCUUCAGCCAAAGGAAAACUAUUUCGGGAUUCUCCUGAGCACCUUCCAAAGACUCCUGGGCACUUUGUAGAAAAAAGCAUUCCUGAUCAAAAUGCACAAAUUAAUGAAAAUGUUGAAACCUUAAUACAAAGCAGCAUUGACCAAGAUCGCCCUACCAAUGUAAAGGAAGUAAUUUCUGUUGCACAAAAGAAGUUUGCAGCCAGUGCUGUGAAGAGUGGUGACAAUGCAGAACAAAAGGGAUCAUCUGAAAUGAUUGGCUCGGCCUAUAAAGAAAAGAGUUUGAAAGUCCAUUUGCCAAGAGUCUUUUUACAGGAUACUGAUGCCAUUGAAAAUAAAAUAUAUAGCAAAGUAGAAAAAUGUUUACAGCAUGAGGAUUGUGAUACUUCAGCAGCACAAAAUGAUAGCCAAAAAAGCAAUAACUUUGAAAGUAGACUUGAACUUAAGAAUUCAGAUGGUGUGGUUGCCAGCUCUGAGAACACAGCCUAUUCAGAAGAUUUCACCGGUGUUGACAGUUCUGGCACAAGCUUGGAAGCUCAAGAGAGCAGCCCUGAACCUUUAUUGGCAAGCCCAGAUCAAAGCCAGUCUGCCACAGAUUCAGAUUCUAAAAUGUCUGAAAGAAGUCGGAGUGCUAAAAGUAUUUCACCUUCUCUUCUACCAGUUCCUUCAGGUAUAUCUCCUGUUCAGUCUCUUAAAAAGGCUCUUGCUUUUAAAGCUAAAGAGAAAACCAUAGGUGUUGUUCUCAACAAAUUUGAUGACUAUUCUUUUUCAAGAACUUUAAAAAAGGAACUUGCAGCUGAACAGAUCGAGAAGGAAGGCUUCAGAGAUGCACAGGCCUUUGAGAAUAAAGAAAUGAGCUCAGGCAUGAAUUGUAACAUAGCAAAAGAACAAUCUUCUAUGGAAAAGAGCUGUUCAGUGAGGACAUCUCAGGUUAGCUCUUACUUGCCCUCCAAUGUGUCUGACCUUGAUCUUAGUGGGCUAGAAGACAGAAAUAUAUCUGACAAAGAAAAAGAAGUUGACUUUGAGAUGGUGGAUAUUACGAAUCAGUGUAAACACAUCAGUGAAUUAGUAGUGAACAAACUUCCAGGAUACACAAUGUAAUUACUAAUAAUAAUGACUUGAUCAAAGUGGAAAUGUCUUUAUUUUUAUAAGAAAAUAUAUUUUUGCAACAUUUUAUCUGUUUUUCACAUUCAGUUUUUGCUUUAUAAACAAUGGAUAGACAAAGUACAAGCAGUAUUUUUAAU